UAAAAUUAGUAGUGUCGUCGUCGAUAUCGGUGACACCGCUACAAAUACAAUAGUGCUACUACUCUACACGUUCAAUCAAUUAAUUUUGUGUAAUUUUCCCUAAUUGUCUAUUUAUGCAAAACUAAUAGAUUAUACACAAACAGCGAGGAAGCGUGUCGACACAAUUAACGAACAAAAGUUUCGUAUCAAUAACAAAGUUUUUGGCGAAAGAGAAAAAUUAUUAUUAUCAUUAUCUAAGCUCGUGAUUUGAAUUAAAACAAAUAAAUAAGAGAGAAAAAAAAUAGAAAAUCUGGAGAAAAAUAAAUAAAUGCGAACAAAGUGAAACUAAAAUAAAAAAAUAAUAAAGUAGCGACGAUAUUUUUCAUUUCAUUCAAGUUGAUGGUGUGAGAAAAUUAUUAUAAAUAUUUAUAAAACUGUGCAGGCAACUGGAUAUAAAAAAAAAACUACAAAAAAACUACUAACAAGGAUAUAAAAGCGAGCAGCAGCAGCAGCAACAACAAGGAUUGUGACUGAAACGAAGAAAAAGUAUAUCAAAUUUCCGGUUUCUCUUUUACGAGGUGCAACAGCUGAAAUAACAUCAUAAAAUCGCAUCCACAUCGGUGUACUCUUUUUUUUCCGAGUUUUAAUUAUAAAUGACGACAUGACAAUGAUAUAAAAUUUUACAACAUUUUCCUCUAUUUUUGCGCAAAAUAUUACACAAUAGCAAAUAACAACAGCAGCCAUCAACCGACGGAAAUAAGGACCAGAAAACCCAUAAUUUGGAGUCCAUUCAUUCUUGUUUUUGGUCAUACACAGACACUUUUAUCGUGCGCCAUUAAACGAAACGUGGAAAAUUAUUAUUUUUGCUUAAUAUAAUAAUAAACCUGAGGAUGCCCGUCGCACAUUGUCAGUGAACUAAAUUCUAAUAAAAAAAAAAUUCAAUUCGAAAUAGAGAGAAAAAAUAUUCUUUUUUCCGGCGAAAUAAAUGAAAUUAAAUACAAAGUGUUGAAAAAAUAAAAUUCUGUACAACUAUCGUAAAUUCCUUUUUUUUUUCUCUCUCACUCUCUCUCGGUUCGGGUAGGAAACAAGUUUUUUCGGAAGGAUCUCUAACAUAAUUCUAUUUGCAUAAUACGAUUACUCGAAGCAGGCGCGUGUUCAUGUGCAUUGCAUAGUUUCAAGCAAAUAGAGAAAAAAAGAGAGAAAAGUGUGAAAAAAGGUGUAUAAAAUAUAAAAUGAAUAUAUUAAAUAAUACAACAAGUAUGAUGACGAGACUUGUGUCGUCGACGACGUCGCACCUGUUGAUGACGCUACACUUGUUCGCCUGGAUAUUUCUGCUGAGCAACAAUGUUGGUCUCGGCCAUGCAGUGACUCAAGUGUUGCAACAUAAAGAAGAGCCCAGAUUUAUAUCGCAAUCUGCAGCAUUUAAAUUUGCUGUGGGAGACACAAUUAUCUUGCCGUGUGAGGUAACGCAGCCAGGCGGCACCUUCCUUCGUGCGUGGAAACGAGGAAUUGCCAUUUUAACUGCAUCCGACGUCAAGGUAACCCCAGAUCCGCGAGUUCGACUGAUACCGAAUCGCUACACGCUGCAAAUUAACAAUGCCUCGCCCGCCGAUGGAGGCGACUACAUUUGUCAGUUGGCAACAAUCGAGCCUCGCGAGAUAACGCAUCACGUGGAAAUUUUGGUUCCUCCAAAAAUCGAGCACGUUACGUCUGGCGGUCAUUUACAAGUACGCAAAGGAUCUCCCGUGCGACUCGAGUGCUCGGCAAAAGGCAACCCGAUGCCCAACAUCACAUGGACUCGUAAAAAUAAUUUACUGCCAAACGGUGAGGAAAAGUACGUCAACACUGUUUACACAAUCGAAAAUAUGGAUCGUCACAAGGGCGGUAUCUACAUUUGCACAGCGAGCAAUGGCGUUGGACAAACAGCUUCCAGCCAAAUUAAUCUUCAUGUCUUAUAUCCGCCGGAAAUCAACGUCGAGAGUCCCGUAGUUUACUCCGGCGAAGGUCAAGAAGCGGUUCUUGUGUGCAUCGUGCACGGCGAAUCACAACCCGAGGUCACUUGGUACAAGGAUACUAUGCAAAUAGAUCAGACGGAGCGAUAUACGUUGGAGAGUCGCGGUGCUCGUAACACGUUGCUGAUUCGACGUGUGCAUGCUCAGGAUUUCGGAAAUUAUUCGUGCGUGGCGGACAAUCAGCUCGGCAAGACACGGAAAAUGAUCACGCUUACGGGAAAACCACGUGCUGGAAUUUUCCGAUCGACGCCCUUGAGUCAAUGGAAGGAUAAAUACAACAUUUCGUGGACCGUUGAUUCGUAUGCGCCAAUUGAGGAGUAUCGGUUGUUCUACAAAAUGGUCGAUGAUCUCGGCGGUGAGACAAACAAACAUCUCGUCGAUACGCAUUACUUUGACAAAAAUACCGGCGCGACAAAUUAUUUGGGUGUCAAACAAUCAUCGACGGGAUUCAACUUUAAUGCAUUAGAUAUUCAUGACAAGCACGACUACAACAAUCCAUAUGGCUCUGUGGGAGGAAUCAGCAGCAGCGGAUAUUCGGGCUACAGCUCCAACACAUACGGCUCAUUGUCAAGGACAGAUUGGCGUGACAUCGUCUUGCCAGCGAUACCUUUUUCACAUCAUUAUACACAGGGGAUGAGCUACUUUAUUAGGGGACUCGAGCCAGAUCAACAGUACGAGGCAAAAGUUCAAUCAAGAAAUCGUUAUGGAUGGAGUGAUUUCUCUGAACGAUUCGUAUUUUCAACAUCUCACACAGAUACGGAGAUAUUAGGUUUAGGUGUCACCCAUUACGGCAGUUCAUCAUCUGAUUCAAUUAUCUUCAGCAGCAACAGCAGCGCCACAAAUACAAUCAUGAAGUACUUCAUUGUUGUCAUAAUCUCGUUGAUAAAUUUGAUAUUAUUUAGAAGUAGUGACAGCAUCAUUGUGUAAAA